CGCACGGAAACACAAACAGGCACAAUGUGAUGAAUUUUGAACAGCCCCAGUGAAAGUGCGAGAGUGGACGACAAGAUGGGGUCCAAGAGACGUUUGCUGCUGGUUUCCAACUCUACUCUGCACGGAAGUGGCUACCUGGACCACUGCGAGGCGCAGAUCAAGAGUUUUCUGGGAAGCCAGGUGAAGACAGUGCUGUUCAUACCUUAUGCCCUGCACGACAGAGAUGGCUACGCCAAGAUAGCACGGACAAAGUACGAAAGCAUGGGGUACAAACUGGACAGCAUCCACGAACAGCCAGACCCUGUGGCAGCAGUGAAGGCUGCAGAGGCAAUAUUCAUUGGUGGUGGUAACACCUUCCGUCUCCUGAAGGCUCUCUAUGACAACAAGAUUGUCUCUGAGAUAAAGAAGAGAGUGUUUGAGGAUGGCAUGCCGUACAUCGGCUCCAGUGCAGGGACCAACGUCUCCACCAUCAGCAUCAGCACCACCAACGACAUGCCCAUCGUCCAGCCGCCCACGUUUGAGGCCAUCGGCCUGGUCCCCUUCAACAUUAACCCUCAUUUCCUGGACCCUGAUCCUAACAGCACACACCAAGGGGAAACCAGAGAGACGAGGAUAAAACAGUAUCACGAGGAGGAUGACACACCAGCAGUGUUGGGCCUGCGUGAAGGAGGCAUCCUCCAUGUGGAGGGAGACAAGGCGACUCUGAAGGGCACGACCAAGGCUCGGCUGUUCCUCAGGGGGAAGGAACCCACAGAGCAUGAGCAGGGAACAGACUUCAGCUUCCUACUGGACAGCAAGAACUACCAGCUGGACAUCAAGUUGUGAACACAGUAGAUGCCUAGUACACUGUAUUUCACUUAAUGAUUUGAGUUAAAAGUCAGUUUCUCAAUACAAAAGUUACUCAAGCAAAUGGAUAAGUUUUGAAAAUGGUCUGAUAUUUCAGAUGCUGUCUUUCAUCAAAGUUGCUUGGGUAAAUUUUAUACUGAGAGCACCUCUUAACAAGGAUAACCUCAUAGGAUAACUUUAUUUCUUCUUCAUUUUUCAGCAUACAUUGAUAUUGCGCCUAUUGAAAAAUAUUCUAUUUACAGUUAUGAGUUAUGAAAUUACAGUGGUGCAACUUUGAAAAGCCAUGAAUUAAUAUUGUGAUGUUAAGUGCAAACACUAGGUCAUGAACAACUUAUACAUAAGAUAAUAGGUUACUUUAAUAAUAUCAUAUUUACAAAUGAAAGUGUGAUUAUCGUAUUGCUGCUCUUUAGUUAAUACAUUAGACAAACUAAUUCUAGACUAUCAGUAAUGAAGCAGGGUUGAAUAGUUUUCAAAUAAAAUGAUUGGACUUAUGCCAAUUUUGACCAUCUUCAGUUACUAUCAAUUUUGUUUUCAACAGGGACUGUUUUAAAGGUAGAGUAUGUACCUCCAAAUUUUCGAUGUUGGAAGAAAAUUUAUAGUAAUUGUAUGCUUACGUGACUGAUGAACCUCUUCAAUGAACUUCAGUCACGUAAAGGAAUGCACAAUCCACCACUCCUAGAUCCUAAGUUGUUAUGCAGAUUGCUCAUUCCUUUACAGUUCAGCUAUGCUUCAGAAUGAUUUCCACCAACACAGAUGUACUUAUCAGCAUCUUUAACUUGUGCCAUAUACUUAUUUUCUUGAGUACCUUUGUUGAAUCAUGUCAAGUGUGCCAACCUAUUUGUUAUCAUGCAGAAUAUGAAAGCAGCAAUGUUUUGGAUUUUGACUUGCAAAAAUUGAACAAGGACGUUUAAGGGUGUUUGUUGUACCCCCAUCAGAACUGGAGAUAGUCAUGAUUCCAAA